GAGAGAGGGAGGGAGGGAGAGAGGGAGGGAGAUCGACUCCACAGACAUGACGAGACUUCAGCCGUUCAGGAGGAGAACACAGAUGGGCAGAAAAGAGAAGUCUGGCAGGGACGAGUGUUGUCGGGGCCCAGCAACAGACUGCACACUCAUGGCUCUCACCGGGCCACAGGACGGCCCCCGGGCCCUAGAUUCCGCCACAUGCACCGAGACAGACCCCCUGCUCCUCAAUGGACACUAUCCGGGGUCAAAGGUCAUCGAUGAGGCGAGCGAGAGAGACGUUGAGGACGGCGAGGCCGGGGGAAGUCCUCCAGGGGAGAGGAGCGAGUCGGCACACUCCAUGGUGAUACAGAUCCUGGUGCCGUUCCUGUUGGCCGGGCUGGGGACCGUGUCUGCAGGAACUCUACUGGACGUUGUACAGCAUUGGGAGGUGUUCCACGAAGUCACAGAGAUCUUCAUCUUGGUUCCUGCUCUUCUGGGUCUGAAAGGGAACCUGGAGAUGACCCUUGCCUCUAGACUUUCAACAGCAGUCAAUAUGGGGAAGAUGGACUGGAGCCUGGUCAUUGGAAACCUGGCAUUAAAGCAGGUCCAGGCCACGGUCCUGGGGCUACUGGCUGCUCUGGUGGCGGUGAUAUUGGGCUGGAUCCUGGAGGGAGAUAUGACCCUCAGCCACGCCGCUCUCCUGUGUACAGCCAGCGUGGCGACUGCCUUCACUGCCUCACUGCUGCAGGGUGUGAUCAUGGUGGGGGUGAUCAUGGGCUCUAAGAGGGUCGGCAUCAACCCUGACAACGUGGCCACGCCCAUGGCUGCCAGCUUCGGUGACCUCAUCACGCUCGCUAUCCUGGCCUGCCUCAGUCAGGGCCUCUACGAGUGUAUAGAGCAGUACCCUUACCUGACCUACCUGGUAGGUGUGUUCUUCCUGGGUAUGACCCCUUUGUGGGUGAUCAUCUCCUACAGACAUCCGGACAGUCGCAUCCUGCUGUACCUGGGCUGGGAGCCCAUCAUCACAGCCAUGGUCAUCAGCAGCACUGGAGGACUCAUCUUGGACAAGACGCUCUCAGACCCCAACAUGGCAGGCAUCAUAGUCUACGCUCCCGUUAUUAAUGGGAUCGGGGGAAACUUGGUUGCUAUUCAGUCCAGUCGCAUUGCCACUCACCUGCAUCUCCACUUCAGCCCUGGAGACGCUCCUCUGCAGAGCUGCUACAAUCCCUGUCACACCUUUUGCUUAUCAGGACCCAAUAAUCGCUCCGCCCAAGUCCUCCUCCUAUUGGUCGUUCCGGGUCACCUGAUCUUCCUGUACACCAUCCACCUGCUGAUGGGCGGAAACACCACCCCCACACCUGUUUUCGUUGCUCUCUUUCUGACCGCUGCCCUCCUUCAGGUUUUCUCUCUGCUCUGCAUAGCUGACUGGAUGGUGCACUGUCUGUGGCGAAGAGGCAAAGACCCAGACAGUUACUCCAUCCCCUACCUGACAGCCCUGGGAGACCUCCUGGGGACUGGGCUCCUGGCCUUGGCCUUCUUGCUCCUCUGGUUCCUUGGAGACCCUGCCACUACUUAGCCUAACAGUAGAUGGCGGUGAUGAACAUUUGCAAUCUGGUGAAAAACUGGAAAGAAUAAGAAGGGCCGGCUCAUCGCUGCCCUCUGGUGGCUGAAGCAGGAAGCGGUGAUACAGCCAGGACUCGG